AUGGCAGAGAUACAAGCGAAACUGCAGUCUCUCUCUGAAGAGUUUCAAAAGCUCCAAUCUGAGCUGCAGACGACAAUCGCCUCCCGCCAGAAACUCGAGGCCCAGAAGACAGAGAACCUUGGCGUGUCAGGCGAGUUCAAGAAGCUCAAGGACGGCGAGGAGAUCUACAAGCUCGUCGGACCCGUGCUGCUCAAGCAAGACAAGGUCGAGGCCGAGGGGACAGUGAACGGGCGGCUGGAGUUCAUUGGGAAGGAGAUUGAUCGCCAGGAGGCUCAGAUCAAAGAGGUCCAGGAGAAGAUCGAGAACAUCAAGGCCGAGAUCAUCAAGAUUCAGUCGAGUGCCCAGUCUGCUGGUGCA